AUGUAUCAUGUCGAUAUCUCCGAUAUGGUGGAGAAAACUCUUGAGGUGUUUAUGGAUGACUUUUCAGUUGUUGGCGACUCUUUUGAUCGUUGCUUGAGUCACUUGAACAAGGGAAAAUGUCACUUCAUGGUGAAAGAGGGUAUUGUAUUGGGCCCUCGCAUCUCAGAUAAGGGUAUAGAGGUUGAUCGAGCAAAAGUUGAGGUUAUAGAGACAUUUUCUCCACCUAUCUCUAUAAAAGGUGUGAGAAGUUUUCUUGGUCAUACGGGCUUCUACAAGAGGUUUAUUAAAGAUUUCUCAAAAAAUUCACAUCCUCAGUUCAAGUUACUUGAGAAGGAAUGUUAA